AUGAGCGGCAAGUGCGGCGAUGACCCCGCCGUGGGAACGACCAUCUGCAAGCCGCAAUGGGGGGGAACGUGCAGGCCGUCGGGAAGCUUCCGGGCUCCUGCGUUCGUCCCCUGUGAUUCGGAUAACAUGUCUGAAUGCUGCAAGCCACUGGCCACGUACUACAAGUACACGUGCUCGCCACCUGUCAGCAAUGUCACGUCAGCAAUACUGACUCUCAACGGAUUUGGUGAUGGCGAGGACGGAGGGGGAGAGUCAUCCUGUGACGGUCGAUUCCACAGCAACACCGAGAGGGUCGUUGCUCUCUCCACCGGCUGGUUUGCCAACCGGAGGCGCUGCGGCCGUCAGAUCCGGAUCUCCGCAUCCAACGGCCGCAGCGUGCUCGCGACGGUGGUGGACGAGUGUGACUCGCAGACGGGGUCCGACUGCUGCAGGCCACUGGCCAAGUACCACAAGUACACGUGCUCACCACCUGUCAGCAAUGCCACGUCAGCAAUUCUCACUCUCAACGGAUUUGGAGAUGGCCAGGACGGAGGAGGCGCCUCGUCUUGCGACGGCCGGUACCACAGCAACUCCGAGACGGUCGUUGCCCUUUCCACCGGCUGGUUUGCCAAACGGAGGCGCUGCGGCCGUCAGAUCCGGAUCUCCGCAUCCAACGGCCGUAGCGUGCUCGCGACAGUGGUGGAUGAGUGUGACUCGCGGGCGGGGUGCGAUAGGAUGCACGCGGGGCAGCCUCCCUGCAUCAUUAAUGACGUUGAUGCGUCUGCUGCUGUGUGGCAAGCGCUUGGGAUCGGCCAAUCGGAUAGCAGAUACGGAUACAUGAAGGUCACAUGGCAGGAUGUGUGA